UUAGAGGUGUGAUAUUUUAUUUAACAGAACUUAUAAAAAUAAAAUGAAUGCCUAAAUUUAUUACAUAAAUACAGUCUGUCUUAGAUGUUGUAUGAAACAUUUUGUUUUUAUAAAAUAGGUUUGUUUAUAAUUGCUUGUUCCUAAUGUGUUGACAUAUGAAGUGUGUCUGUUUUUAUAAAAAGUUUCGCGGGAAUUUGUCGUGUAUUAUUAAGAAAUGGCUUUGGGCGGAUCAACGUUCCUGCAGAACGCUACGAUGUUGGAGCAACUCCUUGAAGAGAUCAAUUUUCAGCGGACCAAGGAGAUGCGGCAGUUGAUGAAGGAUGACUCAGGUUUCGUGGUCCUGCAGGGCACGACGUACUGGACAGAUCUAUUUGUACGCCACUUCCUGUUUCAAGAGGAACAGUCUAUCGACUGCGACGAUUUACUGUUUUUUGUUCGCAAACGUCACGUCAAAGGUUCUUCGCGCUACCUGCCCAAGUAUGAGACGGACGUGGAGGUGUUUCGCAAAGACUCCAAGAAGUUGCCCAUCGGUGACCCGGAGAUCGACUGGGAGGAGACCGUCUACCUGAAUCUGAUCGUGCACCAGUUCGACUAUACGCUCACGCUGGCCAUCUGCACGCGGACCAGCCCCAAGGAGCUGCAGGUGCUGAAGCGGCACUCCCAAAAGGUGUACGCGUCUCCGAGCCGGCGCAAGAUGGACACAAAGGGUGAGGGUGAGGAGAUGACCUACCCCCAUAUUUGCUUCAUGGUCGAUAAUUUCGAUGAGGUAUUCUGCGACAUAGUCGUCCGUGAUGGAGAGAUGGUGUGUGUGGAGUUGGUGGCCAAGGGUCGUGGAGGCGCUGCUCAAGCCGUCAUCUUCCUCGGAUCUAUUCGUUACGAUGCGCUCACUAGAGUUUAUGAUGCGAGGCAAUCAUCAUUGUCGACGAAGGUGGCGCAGCGCAUGUCGUUCGGUCUGCUGGGACGCGGAGCGGGCGCAGCGGCGCGCUGCGAGUUCGUGCGCAUGAAGGGGCCGGGGGGGAAGGGCCACGCUGAGGUGGCGGUGUCGCGGCCGCGCUCGUGUGGUGCCCACACGCCAAGCUCGGAGCCCGGACUCACGGCUGCCGAGCUGUGGGACAGCGACUGGGAGGACGACGACCCCGACGAGCUGUUCCUCUAUCGGAACCAGCGUCGCCUGAGUGACCCGAGCGCGAACAUAACGACGUUUGUUCGCGGCGGGUGGCGAGCGCGCGAGCGCGACGAUAAGAGUCGCUCGGAAAACGAGGGACUCGAUUCACUCUCGCAUGGUUUGGCGGAGGUCGAGGCAGGCGACCUGCGUGACGAGCUCGACGAUGGCGCAUACAACCCGCUGUGGGCGAUGCGCGGGUUCACGCAGACGUUCCACCUGUGGAAGGAAGGCCGACGCGCGCAGUCCGCGCCGCUCAACGCCUUUCUCACCUACGUCACACUGCCGUGGUGGAGCAUCGCUAAGGAUAUUCUUGAUCAUCGCGAGGAGCCGAUCCUGACCUUCUGAGAGGAGACUCCCGGGGUCUUCCGCCCUCUCCGCAUUUUGUGCGAACUUAUAUUUACAAACGUAACAGCCGCCACAGUAUGCGAGGACGUUCUCGUACUAGUCAUCCAAGAAUUAAGUCAAAUAAUAUCUUAGAUACAUUAACAAAGUGCAUUAACUUUUAGCGAACUUUUAUCCUUUUAAAUAUAUUUUUGUUAAAGUAUAACGAAAUAAAUAGUCGUCAAUAUAUAUGACAAGCGCCGAAUGUAUUUCUCGAGGAACCAUCUAAAAUGAAUAAUAGAAAACAGUAUCAAUAUUAUACCGUAUAACGUAAAUGUGUGAUACAAUUAUUGAACAACACCACCGACACUGGCGUAUAGUCUGGCCGUCGUGAGCACGCCAGCACGUAGCACACGAGCACGUAGCACGCGAGCACGUAGCACGCGAGCACGUAGCACGCGAGCACGUAGCACGCGAGCACGUAGCACACGAACACGUAGCUCGCGAUAUGUAUGUUGCAAUCAAUUCCUCGUUUUAAACUUGUCUUUCGUCUCGGUAGGACCCUUGGAUUACAUAUUGGAGAUCUGAAACCCUUGUUACAUAUAUAAAGUCAGUGACCAUUUGAAAACUAUAUCCGCGUUCAAAGACGAGUUGCCCUUUAUAAAUCACUAUUUUUUACCAAAAAAUACAAAGAAGGUAAGACAUUAGUUUGUUGUUGAUAUCUCUUAAUUUAAAAAGCAAACUUCCAUACGUGUAUACAUUCAUGCAAAACAGUGGUGGCCAUAUAAUGAUCAAUUAACAACGUUUUUUUUAUAAUUCAUUAUAUAAAAUGAUGAAAUAUAUAUAAAUGUAAUGUUGUAAUUGGCAUGUUGUUCGUAACCACAAUUUGAGAGAAACACUAAAAUAUGAACUAAAUUUAAAUUUUAUGAAUAUUAGUGUUUUUAAUUCUGUUCUUAGUAAAACUUCGAGUAUUUCGACAAUUAAAGUGUAUGAAUUUGUUAGUGAGUCUCUCAAACUGAAUUAGUCUUAGUUUUUGAGCCUUUUUGUUUUAAUUUAGCGUGUAACGUUGGGGCCGACAUAUAGGCUGCUUAGAAAGGCCCCUUAAAAAUAUAUAAAAAGACAUUUUUAUUAACGUUUAUUAAUUUUUAUUAGCAACAAAUGAAGUCAGAAAAAAUAAAGAACGAUUGAUAAAUUGUUUGAAAAUACGCGAUGCUGUCGAAUGACUUUUCUUUUCUUCAAAAGCCUUCAAAUGAUGUCAAUUCAAUGUGACUGCCUAGUAGAUUGUCAAAUAUUUGAACAGAAUAGAAGGUCAUAGUUUUUAGUAUUUCAGAUGGUCUGCUAUUAUUUUGUAUGAACAGUUGCACGCGCGAAUAUUUAUAUUACCUUAUCUAUUGGAUUGAAUAAAUUUUUUCCUCGUGUUUUGGAAAUUAUACGCUUCAGAUUUUACAGCAAUCAAUGGCGUGAAAAAUUAACCGAUACCGAUAGCGGAAAAGUGUUCUAGCGGAAAAGAAAAAAAUCUGCUUAUUAAGUAUUUACUAAAAAAUGAAAUACUAAUACUAUGGGUUUUUAUUUGGAAAAUGAAUUGUAAAUCAAUAAACAUUCUUAAUUAUAUGACCAUCACUGUAAUUCGUUUAUUUAUUAUUGUCAUAAAAAAAAUCAAAUAAAUACUAGUCUUCCCUAAGUCACGUUUUAAAAAUAUUUAUUAGUUGAAUAAGUAUGCGUUUUAAAUUUUAUUUUUGUAUCAAUUGUAAUCGCUAACGAAUAAUGUAGAAAUCAAAAAAGCGAUUUUUAAGUUAUAUACUACCAUAUAAUAUUUAUAACAGUUUGUCUCAAUACAAUUUGUACAAAAUGUAAUAUAAUUUAAAAUAGAUAUGAUAUGUUCUUAUAUUGCUUUUAUAGUUUAAAUGCUACGCCUUAGUGAGAUUUUUUUCAAAUUUAAGUCAUGAAAAAUCAUGUCAUCAUCGUCGUGGUUCCUACAGGCGCAUUACCAGUAAAUUAUUUUUUAAUUUCUGCGUCUGCAAAUGUUUGCAAUUCUUCAGAAAGUUAUCUUGUAUUUUUUUUGCGAUUUUAAUUAUUAAACGUCUUAACUAGCAAAAGCAUACAUACAACACAGAGCAAUGCAUGCUACCUCCGUAUUCCAUUGAUGUUUACCGCCUAUACGGAAACACAAUUUUCACACAUUUGUUUUGCAUUUUUUUUUGACAAUUAAAGCUAAUUACAGAAACUCUUGUCAUCAACAAAAACUUGCCAACUAUUUUUUAUGGAGACUCGGGUACAAAGGGAAUAUUUUAACAAUUAAAAUUUUAUCUAUAAUCUGACAUUAGAAAGUUCGAAGCUAAUUAGAUGCCAGGUUUUUUUUAAUAGUUCCUUGCGUACAUUUUUUAAAUGUUCUAUUUCGGAUAGUCUAUUUUUACUUGAUGUUAUGAUAACGACUUAAAUAUUUAAUCUCAAAAUAUAACCCAUUAUUGUAUAACAUUGAACGAUUAGAAAUCCGAGUUAACGACCGGUAAUGGUCGAGCUGAUGUAAUAUUUCACUGACCAUUUAACUUAAUUACUAUUUAAUUAUACAAAUAAUCUAUUUAUUUAAUAUGUAAAAUAAAUGUAACACUUUUUAAUAUGUUUUAUAAAUGUAAUUGUUACCUACUCCACGUUUCGUCUCUCUCUUGCUGAUAAGAUCGUAUAAGUGUGAAAUAUACGCGUAUUUAUAAAUCAUAUUGUUUAAUAUUUAUUAAUCUCAGUUUUUAUUAAUUUAUCAAUAAAAUUAAUUGCGUCUUAUUAUUACUUUCUUAAAGACAUGAAAUGCAACAUUAAUCUAGCCAUAAUAUAGCAUUAAUAUAAUACAAUUAAUGUACCUAAACAAAAUGUUUACCAUAAAAAUAUUUUAUUUAUAUUUGAGAAAUUUCGUCACAAGCGUCACGUGGAACGAAACGUAUUUGAAUGUGAUACAAUAAAUAUGCUAUACGUCGUAAUAACAUUCCGAAUAUUAAAUAAUUUUAUAAUAUAAUUGUAAUCGUCAUAUUUAGUUUAAUCUUAUGCGACCGUGUCACGACGCAUGUCAUGUUGCUAGCUAGGUUAGAUUAUCUAAUUUUGUAUUGUGAUUUUAAAAUAAUCUUUGAUAUUUAAUGAUACGUUUUUUCGAAGUGAAACUUCUUGAUUUCAUGAGGUCGAAAUCGAGUGUAACGUUAUGUAAACUUUUCUGCCGCAGAAAAGUUUCGCUUCUGUCAGUUUUCGCGCGCUUAAAUAUUUUUUUUUAUAUUAGUGAGACAAUAGUUUGAUAACACUUGGCCUAAGUUAUUUUAAAUGAAUAUAUAUAACUUGUGACGAUGACAGUAAUGUAAUAUACAUAUGUCAUUUAAUUUUAUAUAUUUUAAACAUAUAAAUAAUUCCAAUUACUUGCUCCAAUAGAUCUGACAAGAAAUAUGAAAGUUCAGUAAGUGGAAUUAAACAAUAAUAUAACUUUUAUAAUUAAAAACUCAGAAUGUCAAAUA